CUCCAGAUAUGUGCGCAGAUUAACUGUUUUCUGGUAGGAUCAAUGAACCUUGAGAUAAGUGAGUUGCACCGUCUAAAGAAAUUUGAGAGCAGUUAUAGACCAAGAUGGCUGCCAAACAUGAUCAUUGCGAAUUCUGUCACCGAAUGAAUUGUAUGGUCAAACCAGAUGACAUCACUUCAUGCUCACUAGUUUACUGCCAAGCAGGGUGUGGCUCACGAUUUCAUGGUUGUAAGAGCCAGGAUCACAAGAAUAUUUGUUUGAAAGAAAAAGUACAAUGUAUAAACCAUAUAAAUGGCUGCCCUGUUGAGCUAACUAGAGAAAAAUUAUCAGAACAUUUACCAGUAUGUCCAGCAAGUGUGGUGCUAUGUCCUAGAGAAUGGAAUCGCUGGCCAAUGCAUUCGCAGGACAAAGGCUGGAAAGCCCCUAUGCCUUUCAAAAACCCUCAUGUAAAAUGUGGUCAAAUUGAUGUUGCCUUUGCCAUGAGGGAUCAGAAAAUGUUAAUGGAAUCAUUCAAAACACCUCGGAAAACGAGAAGAAUAUUGCGGAAUGCCAUAACUCAGUGUUACCCAGCAGUGCCUAUUCAGUCCCACUCAAGUGUUCUUGAUAGCCCCACAUCAGAAACUUCGCAGGUGUCCGAUGAUGAGUCGGGAACUCCCUGGGAUCUUACAGAGCCCCCUGCAGGGCUGAUGCAAACCAUAUCAAAUCAAUUGUCUAAAAAUAGCUCAAAGCAAUUGUAUGCCGCUUCAAAACAAACUACUGAAAGUUUAACUAAAGCUUUAGAUUAUGUGACUGGUAAACAAGGUCUUAAGCGUUUAGCGGAAAUUGCAAAAAUGAAAGAGAUAUCGAGCAAUGCUAAUGAAGAUGUUGAGAAUCUAGAUAAAACAUUAAAGACAACUAGUAUACAGGACUCUAAUAAAAGCUCAAGCGAUAAACCUUAUAUGCAAAAUGAUUACUCCUCAGCCGUAGCCAGUAACAACGAAGAAGAAGACGAGCUAGGAAUUUACUAUACAGAGAAAAAACUGUUUGAGAUUCUCGGUCUAGAUCUAAGUAUGCAUUUCAUAUCAUCGUAUCAAGCAAAGCCGUUGAAAAUGUUCACAUUUCUUUGUGGUAGGGAAUUUAGAAGAGACGAAUAUCCUUGGCAUGUGAAGAACUACCACUCUGAUAUACAGUGCAAUUUGAAUAACUGGUUUGAACAACGCUGUCCCCUGUCAUAUCUUGGAUGCACUUUUGCUUUUGAAAGGUUUAAACCAAAGAAACCAAGUGGUUCGAUUGUACACAGUGCCGUUCUUCAAAGUCUUGGAUUGCGCGAUGGAAACGAGUUUGAGACAGACAAAGACCAUAUAACAACGAAUUUUACAGAAGAUGAAGAUAUUCGUACAACUGCUGGACGAAGACGUCUAAGGGAGGCUACCCCGGAGAUACUCACCUCAUUGAAAUGUGAUUCCACAAUUCGUGUGAUUCCUAGAUACAAAUCAGAGUCUCGGGAAGUGUCGCCUGUUAAGCUUCAAAGAGACUUUGAUGGAAGCUUGAAUUCAUUGACAGACCUCCCAUUUGAAGUAUUGCAAAACAUCGCACGGAAUUUAGAUAGUUUUAGUAUCCAGCAUUUGUCGAUGACCUGCAAACUUUUGCAGAGUGUGUGCUGUAGUCUUCUUGAUGAACGGGGAAUUGUCUCCCUUGUCUGGGAAAAGAGAAGCCCUGAAGAAUCGGGGUCGCUGUGGAAGAUAGCUUACAAGAAAUGGCAGUUCAGCGUAGGAUUUCAACCGGUCAAGCAGUGGCAUUUAAAUGACAACAGUUCUAGUGCAAUAGCGAAUCACUUGAAAGUUUGUGCAUUUAACAGUGAUAUACAUAAGAACACCCAUUUUGAUAUUGAUGGGCUAAAACUGGUUCAUGAUGUUGAACAAGUGGAGGGUAUGAGUAGAAAAGAACUGAUGUGUAAGAAAAGGGAAGCAAGAAAAUCGCUGGAGUGUGGAAACAGACCUUCUCAUUAUAGAAUACAUGUAUAUUGACCUCAAGAUGGAAAAGAGUUCAUUUUAAAAAGUUAUUUUUAGGUCCUUAACAAAUUUUUUUUCAAUUGAACAUAUACUUGCUGCUUUGGCUAUUCUUUAGUUUGCAACUGUCCUUAAAACUUCAUAUAAUGUAGUUACUUCCUGAUUCUUGUUUUAUCUACAUCUAUUGACUAAUAUCUUUUAUUUUAAGGUCACUUCUAUUUAGGUCAAGGUCACUGCUAAAAAUACGUUUUUCUACUUUUCUUUAUAAGGUCAUAUUUUCAGUUUUGGAAAAGUAAUAUUUAUGUUUAUUUCAAAUAUACAGGUUCACGGUAUGAAUGUUUUGUUAUGAAACUUAAUUUCAUAAGGUAUUCGGAAAUAAUAAUUGUUUUACUAUCUAGAUAUUAGGAAAAUCUAGGUCACAGGGUCAAGGUCACUGACACUUGGCACAAAAUAGUGAUCUGCUACUCGUCAUAGAGUUUGUAAUAAUCUUGCUUUACGGAGCACAGAAGUAAUGCAGUUAAAAUUUUCAUGAAUGUGAUUCAUUUAAGGGCCAUCAUUGGCCUUUUGUUUCAAGUUGCUGGGCAAUAUUUCAAAAAGUUAUGUCUAACAAGUAAUUUUUCAUUAAUAAAAUAUAUCGGAACCAUUUUCUUUUCCAUGGUAACUACACUAGUACUUCCUUUUUUUUUUCCGUAAGGUUUCUUUUUAAAGUUUAAAUGUAUACAGUAAGAUAUUUGAAAAAAAAUAAAUAAAAAAACAAAACAUGAAAUAAUCAUCAAUCUGGGAACAAUUGCAAAGUAUUGCUAUGGUUACUAUUAAACUUGCUGGGUAUUGAUUUUACAAGAAAUUCUUAUCUUGAAAGUUGGUUAUUAAAAAAGGAUAUAUUAAAAAAAGAAUUAUACUUUAAUAUUUUAAGAAAUACCAAAUACGUUUAUAUAGAUUUUUGCAUAAUUUGAACUUCUUCUUUUGCUCAUUCAGUACAGUAUUUUUUAGAAAUUGAUAAUUUGACUUCAACUUUUGAUCUU